CUUGUUUUAUCAGGAAUGAAACGGGAUCUUUUCCUGGAGUCACGAGUUGUUCACGUUGUGCACGCAGUCAUUUCCUCCACCGCGGCUCGCACUACCCGGACCUCCAGCCUGCAGCGGAGACAGGGAAGUUGGAUGUCAGACUUCGGUUUUCUCCGGUACCGAGACUCAAAAUGUUUUCUGUGGACCAGGUGAGGCAGAGCCUAGAGAGUGCGGGACAGACCCACAUCCUGCAGUUCUGGCCGGAGCUGUGUGAGGAGGACCGGGACGCUUUCCUCCAGGAGCUGGCUCAGCUGGACCUGAGGGGACUGAAGGAGCACUGUGAGGGGGCUGCGAGGGCUGCAGCCUCCCCUGCUGCCAGUCUGGACCAGGACAUAGACCCGGUCCCUCCAGAAUUCAUCGGCAGCGUCAGGAAGAGUGAGCAGAGCUGCCUGUCACUGUGGGAGGAUGAAGGGCUGCUGCAGAUCUCAAGGAGUCGAGUGGGCGUCCUGCUCUUGGCCGGUGGUCAGGGGACCCGUCUGGGCGUUCAAUAUCCCAAAGGGAUGUACAAUGUUGGGCUGCCGAGCGGCAAAACCCUGUACCAGAUCCAGGCAGAGCGGAUCCACAAGAUCCAGGAGCUGGCAGGAGUGAAGCACGGCUCCACGUGCACCGUGCCAUGGUACAUCAUGACCAGUGAGUUCACUCUGGCUCCCACUGAGACCUUCUUCAAGGAGAACAACUACUUUGGUCUGGAGCCGUCAAACAUCGUCAUGUUCGAGCAGCGGAUGAUCCCAGCCGUGACCUUUGAUGGAAAGGUCAUCCUGCAGGGUAAAGGGAAGAUAGCCAUGGCUCCAGAUGGUAAUGGUGGUCUGUACCAGGCUCUGGUGGACAACAAGGUGCUGGAGGACAUGGAGAAGAGGGGGGUGGAGUACCUGCAUGUGUACUGUGUGGACAACAUCCUGGUCAAGAUGGCCGACCCCGUCUUCAUUGGGUUCUGUGUGAGCAAAGGGGCCGACUGCGGAGCCAAGGUUGUGGCGAAGGCGUACCCUACGGAGCCAGUGGGUGUGGUUUGCAGGGUGCGGGGCGUCACUCAGGUGGUGGAGUACAGUGAAAUCCAACCAGAGACGGCUAAACUCCAAGGACCUGGAGGAGAGCUGGUCUACAGCGCCGGAAACAUCUGUAAUCACUUCUUCACCAGGGCUUUCCUGAACGAUGUGGCAGAGAAGUUCGAAGGGAAACUGAAACAACAUGUUGCAAUCAAGAAAGUGCCCUUUGUGGACUCACAGGGGAACCAGGUCAAACCCACCAAACCCAACGGCAUAAAGAUGGAGAAGUUUGUUUUUGAUGUCUUUCCAUUCUCCAGGAACUUUGUUGCGUUUGAGGUUGACAGAGAGGAUGAGUUUUCCCCCCUGAAAAAUGCGGACGGUGCAGCCACAGAUACCCCGACUGUUGCCCGCAACUCCCUGCUGGCUCAACACUGCCGCUGGGUCACGGCGGCUGGAGCCAAGCUGCUGGACCAACACGGACAUCCCCUUCCUCCCAGAGCCAGUGCAUCAGCAGGUGACAGUCCUCCAGCUCAGUGUGAGAUUUCACCGCUGGUCUCUUACUUUGGAGAGGGUCUGGAGCUGCUGAGGGGGAAGACGCUGACCACUCCGUUCAUCCUGGAUGAGAAACGGGCCAAAGAGCUGCAGGCUCAGUGAUGAACAGAGUGAGAGCACCAGCUGAUCUCAGAACAGUGAAGACAAUCUCUGAUGGACAUAUCUGAAGAAUGAACAGCUUUUAAAUUCAGUUUUAAACUGUGUGCGUGUGUGUGUGUCUGUGUGUGUGUGUGAUGAUGGUCGAAUCAAACAUUUCAUGCAUCUCAUGUAACUGUCACUUUUUUAAGAUCAUGUGAUGUGAUCACUUGAAAAACAAAUAAGGGAGCAACAAUCUACAGGGAUUUACGUAAACACUGUUUUAUUUGA